GCUUUGACGUUUGGGAGCCCAUAGGCGAGUCACGGAUCAAAGUAGCUCUCUGAUUAGCAGACACCGAAUAACACUUCUGCUAGAAAAUGACAGAGAGUCAAGUUCGUCAGAAUUUUCACAAAGAUAGUGAAGAUGCCAUUAAUAAACAAAUAAAUAUGGAACUUUAUGCAAGCUAUGUGUAUUUGUCAAUGGCUUACUACUUUGAUCGUGAUGAUGUUGCGUUACCUGGUCUACACAAGUAUUUUAAGCAAGCAUCAGAGGAAGAAAGAGAGCAUGCUACAAAGUUUAUGAAAUACAUGAAUAAGCGUGGAGGUCGAAUUGUUCUCAGCUGUAUUAAUGCUCCAGAUUACAACGAGUGGGGAACAGCAGAAGGUGCAAUGCGUGAAGCAUUGCAGCUGGAGAAAAAAGUAAACCAGAGUCUCUUGGAUCUCCACAAAAUUGCCACAGCUCAUGAUGAUGCUAAUCUUUGUGACUUCUUGGAGACAGAAUUCUUACAAGAACAAGUGGAUUCUAUUAAAGAUAUUGCAGAUAAGCUCACAAAUAUUUGCCGUGUAGGCGAAGGUUUAGGAAUUUUUGUAUUUGAUAGAGAAUUACAUUAAGAUUUAAAAUUAUCGAUCUUCACUUGGUACUGCUUUACAUUUGUGCAUCAUAGUAUCUAGUCAGUUCUCAUAAAUUUCAAGCCAUAAAGCUGUUCUACUGCUGCACAUUAUACUUGUCCUCAUUUCUGAGGGCUAUUGAAGUGUUUGUCAACAGCCACAAAUGUUAUUGGUAUUUUACUUUGUAGUUUUAAGUACGGCAAUUGUACAAUUAUGUAAAAACUGUUAUUUUAUUGAACAGAUUACUAUUUAUGUACAAAGAUUUUUUUAUCUUUUAUAGAUUUUUAAAAUUUUAUAUUUUUACGUUUAUAUCCUUAUAUUCCUGUCACAGAACAUAUAUUGUUUUUUAAACCUAAGGCAGUUAAUUUGGGUUCAUAAUCACAUUCCUCAGACCUGAAUACACACAGUUUGCUAAUCAUAUUGAGUGGGCAUGUGUAAAAUUUAAGUACCACAAUGUGCAGUUAUAAUAAACAUGCUGAUUCUCUGAAGAAACAAUACAAUAUCUAUCUGUGAUGUUUUUGGUCUAUCUAAUUGAACUUCUUGUGUGAUCUCAACAAAUUAAAUACUUUCUCAUUUUAAUUAUGCUCUUCUGUGAAUGCACUGAUGAAAAUGACAGCAGCCAUUUGUAUAUCUCCCUCAAAAUACUUCUUAAAAAGGUUUGUAUCAAUAUUUGAAUUAUACUUGAAUAUAAUUACAUUCCUUCCUGGAUUUUCCUUUGCUUGUUGUAAAAAGUUUUUCUUAUUUUUAUUAUUAUUUUUUUAGUCUUAAUACAGAACUAUCACAUUGUUGCCCUGCAUUUAGUUUUCCCUCAGAAUUUCAUGGCAUGAACACAAUGUCUUCAUAAACUGUAAAUGGUGCCUACUUCUCAAAGCAUCAUGCCACUGUUCCUUGUGUUGUUUGCGUGUUCACUAUCUGCCAGACCAAUAAGUGACAACUAGCUAAUACAAAUAGCUCUUUUUCCUGAAGCACAGUUUCACCUUGUUCAUCAAAAGGAACCUGCACCAGCCUUACUAUGAACACAGUGAUUACGACUUGAUUUGGCAUUCAGUGAAGUUUGAGUCGUGCUUUUAUGCUUCUGUCCUUAGUAGAACAAAUCAGAUGUUGCUUCUGUCAGUUUCACUUCCACUUAUUUUUCUAGUUUAAUAUGCUCCUUCAGAGAGUCAGCGUGUGUGCGCCCUCACACGAAGUGCUUGAUUUGUACCACUAUGCCGGACCAGUAUAUGAAAAAAUAAGCAUUAAAAUAACAGUUGAAGACAUCUAAAUUUAAGAAAAAAAGGCACCCCCGAAGGUCACAGUACUUUAUAUACAUGUAUGACGACGUUUAUUUGGCUUAAUGUGACCAUAGCAUUUUUACACACGAGACUCAAUAUGACUGUCAAACUAUAUGUACUCAAGUCUGAACAUUAUUCCCAACCAAAAUUAAUUACCUGAUGAAUAAAGAAAAUAUGAUGUGUAACUGGAAUAAAAUAAUGUAGAAAUACCUUCUUAGAUCACUAGAAAAAUUUUGCUGUGAUGAUUUUGUUGCAAUUAAUGAAUAUUGUUAUGUGUGUAACUGAAAUGCAGUAUUAUUGUGUUGUUAAAUUAUUUUAGCAACAUUCAUUUUAGCUCUAGAGUCGAACAUUUAAUUUGGAAAACUAAAGAAACAAGAAAUCAUAUGACCUAAAAAUUCUUAUUCACAUUGCAAUAGCUUUAAUUUUGUAGUAUUUAUUUUAAUAGACUGGUUUCUUGCUAGAUUUAUGGUAUUUUCAUAUGUAAUAUAAUAGCAAACAGUCUCCAGUUAUAUUCAGGUUUUGUAUUCUUCUUAACGCAAAAUAACUUCAUCACUCUGUGAAGUGAGCCAGUUUGUGAAAACCAAGUUACCUUCUGUCAGUCACACAACCUCCACAUACAAGAAUGUAUCUUUAAUAGUGUAGUUGGCAAGAGUUCACACAGUAUGCCAUUAAGUGAAUAAUAUUAAACUAGAAGUUUUGAGUUCAGCAAUAAUUGCAUAAACUGAUAAUGAAUUCUUGAUCAUUACUUCAAUAUUUCUACCAUGGUUUAUUUUGUCUGUGGGGAAUUUAGCUGUAAAUGUGCCAUAAUGAAGAGCUUCAUUAUAUUUAUAAUGCUAUUUAUUUUCAUUAUUUAAUAGUCCCAUGAUAUUACAGGUGAAAUUGACUGAUUCUUGAGUAAUGGCAGCUAAAUUAAAUACAUUUUUGCUUUUCUUUUAGUUUGUGUUGUGGAGAUAAUAUUCAUUACAAAGCAUGUUGAAACUGAGUACAGCUUUCUCUUUAAGAAUUAUGUGUGUGUUUGAUACUUAAUGUUUCGAAUAAGAUGUUUUAAUUACUUCCUUUUAUCACCAUCUGAAAGUGUUUUUUGCUUGUAAAUGUAACUACUGUAAUGUUUUGUGCAUUCAAGACAUCUCAAAGUUACAAAGCUUCCUAUUUACAGAUAUGAACUGUGAUAUGACGUGUAUUGUUGAGGUGCUUGAUUUGCAGAGUCUGUAUAAAUAAGAGUCUGUAAAGGUAUGGCUAAGAUUUUAUUGAGAUGUAUUAUUUUAGAUACUGUAAUAAUUUAGUCAUUUAACUGUGAUAUUAAUAAAAUAACAAUCAGUGUUUAGAAA